AUGCUUUUGGUUUAUGGCCGGGCCCUGAAUAACGGCCACAGAGCACGUAGACUUUAUGGAGAGCUGUAUCCCACGAGAAGGUUGCAUAGCCAUGAUACGUUUGCAAAUACUUAUAGAAGGCUACGUGAAACUGGCAAAUUGCAACACAGGGAACCAGGAGUACGUGGAAGACCACUUGAUGUUGCUGUGGAUGAGCGUAUCUUGGCGGCUUUUGACGAUGAUCCCACUAUAAGCAUUAGAAAAGUAGCGACUGAACUCGGCCUUUCUGUAUGGAAAGUGUGGUCGGUUCUCCGCAACGAUUGCAAGCACCCAUUUCACCACACCCCAGUGCAAGAGAGUACACGGAUUGUGUCAGGAUGGGAGGCGGAAGAGAGCCAAAUUCCUUACCAGAUCUCGCUGAGGAUGGUCAGUGAGGUUGGAGGCGUCAGCGCCUGUGGAGGCACCAUUAUUCACAACGAAUGGGCGUUGACUGCUGCUCACUGUACUGCUCUACGUGUGUCGAUCGUGAUCCGAACCGGUACAGUGAACCUCACAAGACCAGAGAGCAUAUUCGAAACUAUAAGUUACAUCAACCAUCCGUUAUAUAUCGAGGAGCUCCAGUCGGUGGUUCAGCCCCAUGACAUCGGUCUUAUAUACUUCAAUCGGUUCAUCGAAUUCACACCUCGAGCUCAGCCCAUUAGGCUACAGUCAUCUAUCGACAUGAACAAGGACUACAAUAAUAUCAGGCUUCAGGCUAGCGGCUGGGGACGCACUUGGACUGAAGGCACGUCACCCGAAAACUUAAACUGGGUGUAUCUUCUGGGCGUGUCAAACGCUUUCUGCAGGGACGUGUACGGUGGUAGCUCCAUCAUCACUCCUUCCACCAUGUGUGCUGCUGCUUACAAUGUCUCCAGUCAAUCUACUUGUCAGGGUGACAGCGGUGGUCCUCUUGUCGUCGUAGACGAGGACGGCCUUCUCACUCAAGUGGGAAUUUCGUCCUUUGUCUCCUCUUCUGGGUGCCACACUGACCUCCCAGCUGGUUUUAUUCGUCCUGGUCACUAUCAUGACUGGUUUUACGAAGUGACCGGGAUUAACUUUGACUGGGUGCCCGAGCCCCCAACCACUGCUGCUCCAUCAACCGAAGAACCCGAAGCAGAUACAACAACCUCUGAGACGUCAGAAACAGAAGCACCUUCCACUGAACCUGUGACAGAAUCAACCACGACUGAGGAACCUGAAACCGAUGCACCUACAACCAAGGAACCUGAACCCGAAGUAACUACAACCGAAAAACCCGAGAUCGAGACGACUACAACACAAAAACCUGAAACUGACACACCUACAACUACAGAAACAGAACCUGAAACCGAAGUAACUACAACCAAGGAACCAGAGAUCGAGACGACUACUACACAAAAACCUGAAACUGACGCACCUUCAACUACAGAAACAGAACCUGAAACCGAAGUAACUACAAGCAAGGAACCUGAGAUCGAGACGACUACAACACAAAAAUCUGAAACCGUCGCGGCUACAACUACGGAAACAGAAACUGAACCCGAAGUAACUACAACAAAUUAA